AUGGCUCCUCGAUAUGACUACGACAAGCUUACGCCAGGAAAUGGAUUUCGGUCUCUAGUUUGUGUAUGUGACACGAUUGUACUACACCUUAUCUCCGUUUUGCGUUCCUGUAUUGAACAUCGACAGACUAUGAUAUUUCGCGCAUCAUAUUACUGUAAAGAGGUUGAAAGCUACUGUGCUGUCCUGAAUUUUCUCGUUUCAGCUUUGCGAAUGGUCAUUGAUGCAGCUGUAUACGCUCCCGAUAACUGUUUAUUUCCUGAUCUUAAUGGAGACUAUGCCAAGUAUCAGGCAAUGCUAGGUGGUAUAGAAGUGCUUGAUCCAUCGUGCUUUUAUGGAAGAUCACUAGGCUUCCAGUUUCCGCCGUCAAUCGGGCGUAUAUUUCGCUUGAUUGGUGUAAUACUUGCUAUCUACAGUUUGUCAUGGGAAAAAGGAGGCAGUACUUUGGGAUCUUUUCUGAAUUCACCUCGGUUCAUUUUAAGUCCAGAACAAAGAGCUAAGCGAAUUGUUAAGGUAACUCGUGAAGCCGACAUUGAAUUUUGUAGAGGUUUCUGGAAUUUGUCAGAAUUUGGUAGUCAGGUUCCUCGUAUAUUUUGUCCAAAUAUGGCAAUAAACGAGUUGCGUGAAAUCGGUUGGGUGGGGUCAAUAACAAUGGCGACCACGAAUGGUAGUACUGUGAAAAUUCCAGAACCUUCUUCUUACACUGGUCGUCGACCAGUCAAAAUUCGUGUUUUAUCUUAUUGUCAUCGGCAAGAUCUUAGUCCUGCUGGGUCGCAGAAUCAACUUCUACCAUCGCCGUAUUUAUUACUUCAUUGUCACGGGGGUGGUUAUGUAGCAACUACCUCCAAAUCUCAUGAAACUUAUUUGCGAGUUUGGGCUAAAUUACUCAAUUGUUCUAUCGUGUCUGUCGAAUAUUCACUGGCACCAGAAAAUCCAUUUCCUCGUCCCACAGAAGAAGUAUUGUAUGCAUAUGCAUAUAUUAUCAAUAAUGCAACACAACUCGGUUGGACUGGUGAGAAAAUAUGUAUGAUCGGCGACUCAGCAGGUGGUAAUUUGAUAAUGUCGGUCAGCUUGAAGCUUGUUCAACUUGAUGUGAAGAGAAUACCGGAUGGAAUCAUUACCAUUUAUUCACCAUUUCUUUUCCAGGAGAUUUACAAAACAGCUCUUUUGUUGUCCAUAAUCAAUGUUUCUGUGCUUCAGUAUCUUCCAUCACCUUCACGGUUGCUAAGUUGUAUGGAUCCUCUUUUACAUAUGGGAGUCGUGUUGCGGUGUAUUGCAGGCAUAUCCGAACAGAAAGAUACUGACAAAGGUGGCCACAAAAGUUUACAAGAAUAUGUAAAGCAAGUACAAAAAAUGCAACGAGACGAUACAGUAGGUUUGGAGGGCUCUUCAUCGAUUGUCUCUUUGGUGAAUUUAGCUGAUAUCACAUCCACAACAGAGAUACAUAAUAUGUCGGCAAUUUCAAAAGCUAAAAAUAAGCAAGGAUUCAGCGAUGAUACCAAUGUUAGCGAAGAGGAUGAAGAUGACACCUGUCUCUCACGAGUCCAGAUAAAAUCAGAUCCGCUUCAUAUUCAUCUUUCGUUAAAUAUGUAUGAUCGACGACUGUUAUUUAGCACUUUGAUUCUCGUGGAUCAUGCUGGUUGUAUAGAAUCUUCGGAAAAGAAAGAAGAAAUAAUGAAUGUGGAAGGGAAUAAACAGUUUUCUCGUGUUUCAAAGUUUACAGCUUUGCUGAGUUCACCAUCGGCGAUAAUUCCGAAAGAGUUAUCUCCACAAACAGUUACAUCAGCCGGAAGUUCCACGCGAUCUAGAUUCAUGCUUACUUCAUUGAGUUCUCACAGCAUCGUAACAAAAAAUGAAUCGUUGACACAUAAGCGAACUCUCAGUCAGAGUCUUGUCGGCGCAGCGGCCACUGCUGCUGGACAUGCUUUAGAUAAUAUAUCUGAUUGGUUCGAAAAAUCACCGAUACUCGCAUUGGAUAAGCCUAAACUUGAUCGAGCUGUUUCUUUGACACCUACCAUGGCGUCGAAGACAGAAAAGAAGGAAACUAAAAAUAACUGUAACAAAUCAUAUAUUGCUGAUAUAAUAGACAAAAAAGUGCCGAGAGAUCCACUCAUAUCUCCAAUAUACGCAUCACCAGAGGAUCUCGCACGAUUGCCCCCCACUUGGUUUGUGGCAUGCCAUCUGGAUCCGCUUUUGGAUGAUACGAUCACAUUUGCCAAGAAAAUGCGAGAUGCUGGCGGCCGAGUAAUGGCUGUUGAUAUUCUUGAUAAUCUUCCACAUGGUUUUCUUAAUUUUACACUUGUAUCGCCUGAAUGUCGUGAAGGUGCCAAAAUUUGUUUGGAACGAGUCAAAGAAGCAUUUGGUAUAAUUGAGACGUCUCCUGCAUCUUAG